GGAUGAGAACUUGAGUGCUGCAGAUCAGAGAGCGAGACAGGCAGAGAAACUGAGAAGAGAGAGAGAGACAAUAUGUUUUCAGGACUGGCUGAUUAACAGUGGGCUUCUGGGGGAGGUAUCAGAGAGUGCAAGACCAAAAGAGAGGAGGGAGGGAGAAAGAGAGAGGUGUAGAUGAAUCUUUUUGUAAAUUGUAUAGAACUGAUGAUUUUCCUCCUUCUCUCUUCACACUCACACUUCUUUUCGGAGAGCCACUGGGAUGUGACAGUAAAUCAUAGAGAAGAUGAUUCAAAGACUCACCGGGAAGGACUCAGUGAAACAGAAUGCAAGCUGGAUGCCACAUAAAUGAGUGAAACUGGGGUAUUAUUAACCAUAAAGCGUGACUGCUUCAGUUUGGCCUCUGCAGAGCUGGACUCAAACAAGAAAGGUUGGUGGAGACGUACACGGCACAAUCUUAAGAAGAGCUUCGAGAAAGGUUCUGUACUUCUGAUGGAUAUCCACGCUGCUUUUCUACAUUUGGAGCUCUGAAGCUUGGCUCUGACCUGCUGCUUGACCUUUGCCCUCUGAGUGACCUCUUAAGGAAUCACAACAAUAAAACGUGCCUUGGGACUCCAGAUCUACAGGAUGUUCUGGAAGCUGGCAAUACCUGCCAUUUUGGCAUGGACCCUUUUUCUAUCCACAGAGACCAAGAGGACACGCCCCCAAGGUUCUAUCCCCUCCCCUUACAAGCUAAAAGGCAAUGAUUUAUCAUCACCAACCCACACACUAGCAUCACUGCCCCAGCAUACAUCUGCACGACGACAGAAAGGCAAACAUGACAUGUUGUCAUCGAGUCAUGAGGCCCUGGUGGUCACUGAGAGGAAGUACCUGAAGAGCGACUGGUGUAAAGCACAGCCAUUACGUCAAACAGUGAGUCUGGAGGGCUGCCUGAGCCAAACAGUCAUCAACAGGUUCUGCUACGGCCAGUGUAACUCCUUCUACAUCCCACGCCACCUGACAUCUCAAACCUCACAUCGAAGUCGAAAAACAUCCUCCAUGCCAGACCACAACACUUCAUUCCAGUCUUGUGCGUUCUGCCGGCCAAGCCGGAUAACCACGGUCACUGUAAGGCUUCACUGUCCUGGGCUACAGCCACCGUACCGGCAACGAAAAUUGCAGCGGAUCAAGCAGUGCAAAUGUGUGUCUGUUAACAUCAGUGCUUUGUACUGAGAAGGCACACAUAUGAAACAAUGCUUUACAGUGUUCCUUUUGGAAAGACUAGGGCCACCCAACAAUUAAUGUGUGAAAUGUGCCAAAGACAACAGCUAAUCAGAAGACUGGCCACCUUCAUUAUGUCUGGAGUGUACCAAGUUUGCUACCCAGGAAUCCUUAAUAGCAGCCGAGCAGCGAUGGAACACAAAGCUGGAUUUUUCUUCUUUUUGGACAAAUAUAAUGAAGCUGAGAGUUCAAUUACAUACACGACUGAAACAGUAAAUAACGUUUGUGUGUUUUAAGUGAACAGUGUUUGACCUUUUCUUUAACAAAACAUGGAGCGUCUGUAUUCCAGCGAUCUCCUGCUUUACCUCAGCAAUGCUGAUUCUCUGUAGAGUGCAACAGUCAGGGUUCCAGAAGUAAAAUUAUGUCAUUGGGAUUGUAGUCAUUUUUCUCAUUCAAAUUAAGUGCACAGUUCAUGUCUUUUUCAAAUGUUUUUUUUUUUUCUUCAUGAUUCACUUCUUAGCUGGUUGGUUUAACUCUUUAACAAAAACGUUUAAAAAAAAUCCCUGUAUGAAAAAUGAAUGUAAGAAAUACUUUUGGAACCAAGGCUGCUGAAAUAUUAGGAGGUCACUGUUGCACUCUAUUAGUCUUGAUACUUGAGAACAGUGGAAACGGUCUGAUCACAAUCUAUCUUCACCAUCUUGUAUUACCUACCCAGCUGUUGUAUAUAUCAGAGCAAAUGAAGGACAGAAGAAGACAUGAAAGGAUGCUGGGUGACUUUGGACCUUAUCAACAGGAAAUUAGAGGGGGGUGCUAUAUUUUGACUAAGGACAGGCUGUCAGUUGGGGAUAAACUAUAUUUUGACUUUGAUUAAGCCUGUAAAGAGUUUGAGCCUUACUGUUGUUAUGAUGAGACACAAUGUGCACAACAUAAACUGAGAUUCAUAAUGGUUUAAAUGCUU